AUGGCUAGAGAUACUCUCCCUUCCAGCCUCAAGCCCACCAACUACAACCUCAGCGUCUACGAUAUUGACAUCGACCAGUUCCUGUUCAAGGGACGAGUCGUCAUCAAGUUCGACGUCAAUGAGGCUACCAAGUCCAUCGACCUCAACGCCAAGGACCUCAAGCUCGACAGCGUGGAGGUCAAGGCCGACGUCACCAAGACCGAGGUCGCAAUCAACGUGGAUUCCAUUGACUAUAACGAGAAGAAUGACACCGUUGCCAUUGCUCUCAAGUCCGAGAUCCCCGCCAACGCCACUUCUGUUACUGCUACCAUCCUGUAUUCCGGCGUCAUUCAGCAGAACAUGUCCGGUUUCUACAAGUCCUCCUACAAGGAUCCCGAGGGCAACGACAAGAUUCAGCUGUCCACACAGUUCGAGGCCACUGAUGCCCGAGCCGCCUUCCCUUGCAUGGAUGAGCCCAACCUCAAGGCAACCUUCGAUGUCUCCAUCACUGUACCUGAAGCCUGGGAGGUUAUCUCCAACAUGCCUGUGGUCGCCUCUAAGGCCCCCACCGACGGAAAGAAGGGUGCCACCAAGGGCCCCUCCAAGGGCCCCUCCAAGGGUCCCUCCAAGGGUCCCGCUGAUGGAGCCGACGCUGCGACCAAGACCGUCACCUUCGACACCACCCCCAAGAUGUCCACCUACCUGCUGGCCUGGGCCUGUGGUGAAUUUGAGUACGUGGAGGACUUUACCGAGCGAUCAUACAACGGCCGAAAGCUGCCUGUCCGAGUCUACACCACCAAGGGUCUUAAGGAGCAGGGCCUGUUUGCUCUAGACGUGACCAAGAAAGUCAUUGAUCUCUUCUCCGACGUGUUUGAGAUCGACUACAUGCUGCCCAAGAUGGACCUGCUGGCAUGCCAUGAGUUCUCUCACGGCGCAAUGGAGAACUGGGGUCUCAUUACCUACCGAACCACUGCCGUUCUGUUUGACGAGAAGACUUCUGCUGCCGCCUACAAGCAGCGUGUUGCCUACGUUGUUGCCCACGAGGUUGCCCAUCAGUGGUUUGGCGAUCUCGUUACAAUGGACUGGUGGGACGAGCUGUGGCUCAACGAAGGUUUCGCCACCUGGGUUGGAUGGUACGCUGUUGACCGACUCUUCCCCGACUGGCACGUCUUCACUGCCUUCGUGGCUGAGAACAUGGAGGACGCUUUGCAGCUGGACUCUGUGCGAGCCUCUCACCCUAUUGAGGUUCCUGUGACCUCUGCCAAGGAUAUUGACCAGAUCUUCGAUGCCAUCUCUUACCUUAAGGGAGCUUCCACCAUUCGAAUGCUUGGCAACACUCUUGGUGUUGACACCUUCCUCAAGGGUGUUGCUGCUUAUCUGAAGAAGCAUUCCUACGGUAACGCUCAUACCGCCGAUCUGUGGUCCGCGAUUUCGGAGGUCUCUGGCCGAGACGUCAACUCCCUGAUGGAGUCAUGGAUCAAGAAGAUUGGUUACCCUGUCAUCACCGUCACCGAGAAUGAGGGCUCCACUGCCACUCUCAAGCAGAACCGGUUCCUCACUACCGGCGAUGCUAAGCCUGAUGAGGAUGAAACUCUUUGGUGGGUCCCUCUUGAGGUUUCCUCUGCAGGCCCUGGCGAAGAGGCCACCGGUAACUCCGACUCUUUCGAUGUCCGUGAGACUUCCAUCUCUGGUGUUGCCCACAACGGCUUCUUCAAGCUGAACCGAAACCGAACUGGUUUCUACCGAUGCAACUACUCUGUUGCUCGAUUGGAGUCUUUCGGCCAGCAUCUCGACAAGCUGUCUUCUGAGGACCGAGUUGGUAUCAUCUCUGACGCUCUGGCCACCUCCAUUGCUGGCUACGCUUCCACUGUUGGCCUUCUGUCCUUCAUCUCUCAGCUUUCCGGUGAAGACGACCCUGUGGUGUGGACAUCCAUUCUUGACGCCAUGGCGACAAUCCGAUCGGCUUGGUUCGAGCAGUCUGAGGAGACCCAAAAGGCUAUUGACGCCUUUACUGCCAAGCUGAUCGAGCCCAUCACCUCUAAGAUUGGUCUUGAGUUCACUAACAAGGACAACUUCCUUGACUCCCAGCUGCGAACCCGACUCCUGGGCACUGCUGCUGGUCUUGGUGUUGAUGCUGUCUCUUCUCACCUCACCUCCCUGUUCGACAAGUGGGCAGCCGGAGACAAGACUGCCAUCCAUCCCUCCAUUCGAAUCCCCGUCUUCCGAGCCGCAGUUUCGCAGUCUGACGACUCCAAGUCUGCAGCUGCCUUUGAUGCACUACUCAAGGAGCUCGAGGACCCCUCUUCUGUCGACUCUAUUGAGAUUGUUCUCUCUUCUCUUGGUGCCGUUCAGUCUCCUGCUCUGAUCAAGAAGUCUGUCGAUAUGCUUCUGACUAUUGCUCCCAUGAACCUACAUUUCCUCGGUGGCUCUCUUGUCAACAACAAGAAGGCUCGAUGGGCCCAGUGGGAGUUCAUCAAGGCCAACUGGGACCAUGGAGUUGUUUCCAAGCUUGGAGCCAACAUGGUUGUUCUUGAAAGAUACCUCAAGCUGUCCCUUCGACAGUUUGCUUCUCAGAAGGCUCUUGACGACGUGGAAGAGUUCUUUGUCGGCAAGGACCUCGACGGUUUCGACCGAUCUCUUGGCCAGGCCAAGGACUUUAUCAAGUCUCGAGCUGCCUGGGUUCAGCGAGAUGGCUCUGUUGUUGGCGAGUGGCUUGCCAAGCAGCAGUAA